AUGGUAUGGCGACGGGAUCGCUCGAACGGAGCACCGAGCGUCGACGCCGGUCGCGAUGGGGAUGAAGUGGAGCUCGGCGAGAUCAUAGUGGAGCCCACGCCGAACGGGGGAAAAGCGACGAGGGUCGUCGAGCCCUCGAAGGAGGAGGAACCCGCGGAGGACGCCGAAGAGGACGCCGACGAGGAACGCUUCUGUCGCAUCUGCCUGGAGCCGGUGUCGCUCGACUCCAUCCGCGACGGCAAGUCCCUUCGGCUCGGGUGCGCGUGCAAGUCCGGAUACAUGCACAAGGCGUGCGCGUGGGAGUACGUCCAGGUGAAGAAGACCAAGCCGGUGACGUGCGAGGUGUGCCUGGAGGAUAUGACGGCUCUCGACCCCAUCGCCGAGCUGCAGGGAGAGGAGUAUCGGGCGAUGCGGCGCGCGAGGGCGGCGCUGCUGCGCGUGAACGGCGAAGACGACCACGAUCCGAGGGAGGAUCCCACGUUCGACGACGCCGACCCGAGGGGAGCCAGGCUGUGUUGGGGGAGUCGCAACCCAGUCGUCUGGCUUAUUUGGCUCGUUUCUAGACCCGUAAUCGCGGUGGUGUGGGUGAGUCUCCCGGACCGGCAUCCGAGCCCCAUCUCGAUCCUGUUUCGCGGCGAGUACCGCGCUGACACGGCACUCGCCGCUUUCGACCCGGCACUUCCCUCUCGCAGCUUUGGAAUUCUAUUCCCGUGGCGCUGGCGCACUGGUGCUUCGUCCUCUCGAUUUUGA